UUUUGGCAUUGUGACAUCGAUUCCACAUUUGCCUGCCGGUCUACAUCGCGUCUAAGGAUGGUGUCUCUAUCUCUUUUCUCAUCUCGUCGGUCUGCAUCGAAACAGCGGCCGGCCAACGCCGAACACGUGCCUGAUAAGCCUUGUCCGCGUCUCGACUUUUGGAUCUCGGGUGCUCGCGAUGACUUGAUAGACCGCAUACUGCCACAUAUGACACGCGCUUAUCGGGAAAAUCAGUCUUUCACAACGCUUAGGGAGGAGAAAGCAUGGGUUGUAGAGCUCGUCCAGUCCGAAUCCGGGGAGGAUGAUGAAGAAGAUGAGGAUGAUGACGAGGAUGGGGACCCUGAACCCCAAAGUUUGGCUCGGUGUAAAGCCGCCUUCGAAAACUCACCCCAAACCAUGGUGGACGAUUUGGUAUUGGUUUCUCGCUCUUGGUUCCGAUUCCUGCUGCGUCACACGUUUCGCGCACGCUACAGUAAAGCCACAGACCGGGACUCAGCCCGCCUGGCCCUGGAAGAUCUUGGUGGAGAUUUCGAUUCUCGCAUAGAUGAGAAGAGUUUGCUGAAAAGGCCAACUCUCUACAAGGACUACAAGGACAUCUACAAAGAGACUAAGAGCCGUUCGGGAUGGACCAAGCACUGCGAUAGAGUCAAGAGCCUCUGUCUGAUGAUUGGCCUGCAAACCUCUUCCACAAAGCUGGAAGCCAUUUUCGAAGAUCUCCAACGAAAUCUUCCUCAAAUACUGCAUGACCGUAUGGCAGAGAUGCAGCGCAUGGCCACAUCACUUCAGGAUGAGCUCGAAGUCCACCGACUUGACGAAUCCCUCAAGGCGUGUCGAGAAUUGAUGGAAAAGCUGCUUCCUGAUGAUGCCAAAGGCAAGGGCGCCUACAGACCGCGCGGCCAGGAAUACGGGCGACGUUGGAGAGAGUUGUACGCGAAAGAGUGGCAACGGUGCAAGAGGGAGAGACCCCGCGGUCAUCCGCUUUUGAAGUUAGUAAACGACGAUACUUGUUUCCCGGUUGGUCAAAACUUGUAUGGCACUUUGAGCGAGCGCAUUCAUAAUCACCAACAGCAUCGCGAUCAGGAGUUGGACGGCACUGUCCUCAGGGUUGUUUUCUCGAUACUUCCGCCGGAUUGGGAGGAAACACGGCGAUGGGAUUUAUCAACGGAGAAGGGGCGGUGGGGCCUGGCGUGA